UCGCUCCUGUCCCGUCAAAUAGGAGGAGUGAAACAGCACCUGCUGCCAUUCUGGCAUUACGUCAAUGGUAGACAUUUCAUUUGCUGGUUGGGAGGAGUUACUCUGACCGCCAUUGUUACAGCUUCGUUCGUGUCGGAGAACGUGAUCUGUGAAUUUUCGUCGUCGCAUCAUCGAUUCCAACGAGUCGUGUCUAUUCUCUAGAUUCGCGCAACGACGGUACGCGAUAUUAGUGAGCGUGUUCUAAGCGUAGCAUGUCCACAAUGAAUCCGGAAUAUGAUUAUUUGUUUAAGUUACUUUUAAUUGGAGAUUCUGGAGUUGGAAAAUCAUGUCUUUUACUCCGCUUUGCUGAUGACACAUACACAGAAAGUUAUAUCAGUACUAUUGGUGUAGAUUUCAAAAUACGAACAAUUGAUCUAGAUGGAAAAACAAUAAAAUUACAAAUCUGGGAUACAGCAGGUCAAGAACGAUUUAGAACAAUUACAAGUUCUUAUUAUAGAGGUGCACACGGUAUUAUUGUUGUUUAUGACUGCACAGAUCAGGAAACAUUUAAUAAUGUUAAACAGUGGCUAGAAGAGAUUGAUCGUUACGCAUGCGAUAAUGUGAAUAAGCUGCUAGUCGGCAAUAAAUGUGAUCUUCAUACUAAAAAAGUUGUUGAUUACACAACAGCAAAAGAAUAUGCAGAUCAACUUGGUAUACCAUUUUUGGAAACAUCUGCUAAGAAUGCAAUGAAUGUAGAACAAGCCUUUAUGACAAUGGCUGCAGAAAUAAAACUUAGAGUGGGUCCUCCAUCAAGUGGCAAUAGUGAUCCUGCAAAUAAUGUGAGAAUAGAACAUGGACGUCCAAUUGAAUCCUCUAAAUCCGGGUGCUGCUGAGAAAUGUAAUUUUACGAUCUUGUAACCAAAAAGGACAUCUUAUGGUAGCAGUUUUAUACUGCCUUUAAAAUUAUUACCAGAAGAAACAAGAAAGAUUUGUGGAAGUUU